GGUUUUUGAGCGUGAAGCUGCACUGGAAUCAGCCCUAAGAAUGUUGCAGCAAUUCUACCUGGAUCUUGAAAAGUUCCUUGCUUGGCUUACUGAAGCUGAAACGACUGCGAAUGUCCUACAGGAUGCUACACACAAAGAAAAGAUACUAGAGGAUGCCAAAACGGUUCGGGAGCUUAUGAAACAGUGGCAGGAACUGCAGGCAGAAAUCGAUGUUCAUACUGACACCUUCCACAACCUGGAUGAAAAUGGGCAGAAAAUCUUGAGAUCUCUGGAAGGCUCUGAGGAUGCAGCCCUAUUGCAGAGACGUCUGGAUAACAUGAACCUCAGAUGGAGUGAGCUUAGGAAGAAAUCUCUAAGCAUUAGAUCCCAUUUGGAAGCCAGUACAGACCAGUGGAAGCGUUUGCAUCUCUCUCUGCAGGAACUUUUGGCAUGGCUGCAGCUGAAGGAGGAUGAAUUAAACCAGCAAGCACCCAUUGGUGGAGAUCUUCCUGCUGUCCAGAAACAGAAUGAUAUUCAUAGGGCUUUCAAGAGGGAGCUGAAAACGAAAGAACCUGUUAUCAGGAGUGCACUUGAGACUGUGCGAAUCUUCUUAGCAGAGCAGCCUGUGGAGGGACUGGAGAAGCUCUACCCAGAGCCAAGAGAGCUGUCACCUGAGGAAAGGGCCCACAAUGUCACUAAACUUCUUCAAAGGCAAGCAGAUGAUGUCAGAACUGAGUGGGAUAAGCUGAAUCUACAGUCUGCUGAUUGGCAAAAGAAGAUAGAUGACGCUCUUGAAAGACUGCGGAGCCUUCAAGAGGCAAUGGAUGAACUGGACCUGAAACUACGCCAGGCUGAAGUGUUCAAGGGAUCCUGGCAGCCAGUGGGGGAUCUGCUAAUUGACUCUCUACAGGAUCACUUAGAAAAAGUCAAG